CCUCGCGGUUGUUAAAAGUUAAAACUUUAAAACCCAAAACCCUCGCCGUCGCCGCUGAAGCUGAUGCUCCGUCAAACAUGCCGAAGUACAAGAAUCUGUUGCUAACAUCGAAGCGUCGUAAAUCCAAAUCCAAAAAGCGAAAGCUCGUUCAGCGUGAACCUGAGUCUCUGUUUCCAGUUAAUCAGGAAAUAGAAGAAGAUGAAGAUGAAACAGGGUUCAAGCUCAAAAUCGCAGCUCCUUCGCAAGAGCAUGGUGUUCAACCACUCGGAAACCUCUAUUUCAAUCCUGGUUCGGUCAAUGUGCGAAACACUGGAUUAGUCAUGAGCCUCUCUGGAGGAAUCUCGUAUUAGAAGAGUUGAAAGGAGAGUUUUUGUUUAAUGGGUCUUGGAAAUCUACCUAUGUAGCUGCUCA